CAGAGAUUCUGAUUUAGGGUUUUGGAGUAUAUUCUUUUCUGUUUCUCUGUUUAGCAAUGGCUGCUAUUAUGUCUCUCUAUCCUUAUAAUCCCUUGCUAUACUUUUCGACUUCUUCGAGUUUCCGUUCUCAAUUUUGGAACUUGGAGAGGGGGCAUUUGCGUUGUGAGAAGUUGCAGAAUUUGGUGGAACUCGCGGCGCAUUCCAAUCCGAAGAUUCUCAAGACCAACAGGAAGUCAAGGUAUGGAGAGGCACUGUCGCUGUACGAUAGUGACGAAGACGAUGAAGAAACCGAUGAGGAUGAUGAUGAUGACGACGACGACGAUGCUGAUUGGCUUUCUGAUGAGGAGUUUGCUGAGCCUGCCGACUUUGAUGUUAGUAACAAGAGAUUUAAGUCGAAGAAGAUUCAAGGAAAAGAUAGACAACAGAAACGGGAGUGGGGUUUGAGAUCUUUUGACAAUGAACAAAGCAUUAGAUUGCCAAGAAGUGAGAGAGUGGCAUCCUUACAACGAAAUGAGAGUGGAAAGUUGCAGCUUAGUAGAAAUGUAAAGGAUAAAAAAUAUCCACGGUUGUCCGAAGAGAUUCCUUUGGAUGUGAAAUGGUUGCCACUUCUUGAUUACUUGAGCACCUUUGGAAUAAAGGAAUCACACUUUAUCCAAAUAUAUGAGAGGCACAUGCAAUCUCUUCAAAUUAAUGUUUCUUCUGCAAAGGAAAGGUUGGAAUAUUUAUUGAGUGUUGGUGUUAAGCAUAGAGAUGUAAGAAGAAUCCUUUUGAGGCAGCCACAAAUUCUUGAGUAUACUGUGGAGAACAAUUUAAAGUCUCGUGUUGCUUUCUUGAGGGGCCUGGGCAUACCUAAUUCUAGAAUAGGGCAAAUCAUUGCUGCUGCUCCAUCCUUGUUUUCUUAUAGUGUUGAGAAUUCGUUAAAACCAACUGUUAGAUAUUUAGUUGAGGAUGUUGGCAUCAAGGAAAAAGAUUUGGGUAAGGUCAUUCAGCUUAGUCCCCAAAUUCUUGUGCAGAGAAUUGACAUUUCAUGGAAUACUCGUUACAUGUUUCUUACCAAAGAGUUGGGUGCACCCAGAGAUAGCAUUGUGAAGAUGGUGACAAAACAUCCCCAACUUCUCCAUUACAGCAUAGAUGAUGGAUUGCUUCCAAGAAUAAAAUUCCUAAGAAGCAUAGGAAUGAAAAAUUCAGACAUCGUGAAAGUCUUGACUAGCCUUACACAGGUGCUAUCCCUGUCCCUGGAGGAGAAUCUAAAGCCCAAAUAUUUGUACUUGGUUAAUGAACUUAACAAUGAGGUUCAAUCCUUGACCAAAUACCCAAUGUAUCUUAGCUUAUCUUUGGACCAGAGAAUUCGUCCUCGUCAUAGGUUCUUGGUUUCCCUAAAGAAAGCUCCAAAAGGACCAUUUCCUCUUGGAUCUUUUGUUCCAACUGAUGAAUGCUUUUGCCAACAGUGGGCUGGAACUAGUUUGGAUAAAUAUUUGGCAUUUCGUCAGAGAUUAUUACUUCAAAAGUUUGCUGAGAAGUAUGAAAGAAAAAUGUGACAGAUCAGAAUCAAGUGUAUCAGUCAACUUGCAUGAGUACUGGAGGAGGAAUCUGUUGUAAUAUUAUUGUCAUGCAACAUGUUUCUAUAAAAUGUUCUUGAUGUUCCUUCUGCGCUGUGGCUGAAGCGCUCAAUUUCAUGACACACUCGAAUAUCAGUGUCUUAUUCCAGGCAGAAGCUGCUCAACUACUUUUGUGGAUUUAUGAUUGCUGUUUCUGUUGGAAUCAUACAGUUGUUUCCAAAGUGCCAGGAAAGCAGAGCAUAUCAUGGCACAUUUUGUCACCCUAAGGUUGUGGACAAUAUUGCAAACUUAUAUUGGUAUAAAUUGAAGAACGAAGCUGUAUCAUAUCAACUUUAAGAUCUAGCUUAUGGAUUCUGUCAUUGCUACUCAUGUUUCCUUUUACCUUCAAUGAUGUGUGUGAGUGGAUAUAUCUUUUUACUGUUUUCAAUCUUUUGUGUAUCUGAAAUCAAUAGGAAUUUUGCUACCUUUGUCACGGUCACUAGACCUAUACAUAAUUCUUUUGUUUCCCUGCGGCCAUUUGUAUUACAUGUAUGAGUUUAAAUAUCUUUCUUAUUCCUUUCAGUACUUGUAAUAUCACAUGUAAUACACUCUCAGUUGGUGUGAUAUAUAUCACUUUCAUCUUCCA